UUUGUGGUAUGCAAUUUUCCAAAGCAGCUCUGCCGUAUGACGCCUGAACUGUCAAGUCGGUUUCCGCUUUCUUUCCGUGCGGUUCUUAAACAUGACUGGUUUAACGAACAGGACCGUUGUUAUUGAUGGUCGCGGCCAUUUGCUUGGCCGUCUGGCCUCCGUUGUCGCCAAGUACUUGUUGCAAGGCGGCAAGGUGGUUGUGGUGCGCUGCGAGGAGCUGAACCUCUCUGGUCACUUCUACAGAAACAAAAUUAAGUUUUUGUCCUACUUGCGCAAACGUUGCAACGUUAAUCCCGCUCGUGGUCCCUUCCACUUCCGGGCUCCCUCCCGUAUUUUCUACAAGGCUGUACGAGGCAUGAUCCCACACAAGACCAAGCGUGGCCAGGCUGCACUUGCUCGUCUGCGUGUCUUCGAUGGCAUCCCAUCCCCCUACGACAAGCGUCGUCGCGUUGUCGUCCCCAUCGCAUUGCGCGUGCUUACUCUGCGUUCCGACCGCAAAUACUGCCAGGUUGGUCGUCUGUCGAGCGAGGUGGGCUGGCACUACCAGGAUGUGAUUAAGAGCCUGGAGCGCAAGCGUAAGGCAAAGUUGCGCGUCACCCUCAAGCACAACAGAGAAAUGAAGAAGUUGACAGUGAAGGCGCGCGAGAAUAUUGCCAAGGCUGCCGAACCAUUCAACAAAAUCAUCCAAUCCUACGGCUACGAGGUUUAAGAAGCGCCACAACAAGAACAUUUACAGCCGACUUUGCUUGUAUAAGCGUAGCGUUUUUUAAAAGAAUAAAACAACAUCGUAAGUUUAAAAAAAGGAUAAA